UAUUAUCGAAAUUCUGGUGCGAUGAAAUCUAGAGGACGAAUAGUUGCUAUAUAAACCGCAGCCGCACAGACAAUAAGCACAGUUCGACAAAAUGCGUACACAAUACAGAGUGGCUGCGUUAUUCGCGUUUUUGGCGGUUAGUGCCGCGGCUCAAGGUCACGGUCAUGGCCAAGGAGGAUUUGGAGGCCAUGGUGGUUCUCAAGGAGGAUUUGGAGGCCAGGGUGGUCAUCAAGGAGGAUCUAGAGGCCAGGGUGGUCAUCAAGGAGGAUCUGGAGGCCACGUUGGUCGUCUAGGACGAUCUUUAGGCCAGGGUGGUCCUCAAGGAGGAUUUGGAAGCCAGGGUGGUUCUCAAGGAGGAUUUGGAGGCCAGAGUGGUAACUCAGGAGGAUUUGGAGGCCAGGGUGGUCAUCAAGGAGGAUUUGGAGGCCAGGGUGAUCAUCAAGGAGGAUUUGGAGGCCAGGGUGGUCAUCAAGGAGGAUUUGGAAGCCAGGGUGGUCAUCAAGGAGGAUUUGGAGGCCAGGGUGGUCAUCAAGGAGGAUUUGGAGGCCAGGGUGGUCAUCAAGGAGGAUCUGGAGGCCAGGGUGGUCAUCAAGGAGGAUUUGGAGGCCAGGGUGGUCAUCAAGGAGGAUUUGGGGGCCAAGGUGGUCAUCAAGGAGGAUCUGGAGGCCAGGGUGGUCAUCAAGGAGGAUUUGGAGGCCAGGGUGGUCAUCAAGGAGGAUUUGGGGGCCAAGGUGGUCAUCAAGGAGGAUUUGGAGGCCAAGGUGGUCAUCAAGGAGGAUUUGGAGGCCAGGGUGGUAACCACGGAGGAUAUUAAGGUCAGGGUGGUCGCCAAGGACGAUCUCUCGGCCACGGUGGUCCUGAAGGAGGACUUGGAAACCAGGGUUGUCUAUAAUACAUGAUGUAUAGUGAAUAUUAAAGCAAUCAAGAAUCCAGUUGUACUUGUAAAGCUCGUAAUAUAUACUGACUAUAGAUACAGAUUUCAUAAAUGUUAAUUCCUAACACUUUUUCAUCUAUUUGUCGCGCUACAUAUGGUCCAAAAAUGGCCGACCGAAAUCAGCAUAAACCUCAAAAUUAUUAAAGUAAAAUUAACUCUUCAUUUCUUGUAGUAACGAAAUAUAUUCCUAGGGGUUAUAAA